GCGAGAGACUUCCUGGAAGGCCUCUCAACCUAACCUGCUUGCUUGCUUCACCCCCCCCCCUUCCCGCACGCCGCCGCCGCUUCCGAACCUCAUGGGCCUCUUCGGCGGCGAGCCAUAGCUUAGGAAGCGUGGUAGGCGUGGCUUGAAGGCGUCCGAGCGAGGUUAGGUUGCACCGUCCAUGCUCGGCUGCCUUGUUCUCUCUUCGCUCUCCCUCCGAGAGGGGAGGGGGCGGGAGGAGUGAGCGGCUCCUCAAAAGGGCGAGGCGGAGGUGGAGAGAGCCCCCCCCAUACCUCUCAGAAAGCAGCUGCAAAUCUGUGCUAUUUAUAUGGAAGUAAAUUCUGUUAGACUCAGUGCGAUUUACUGUUGGGGCUUUACAACCGUCUCCAAGCAAUUUACAGAGUCAGCCUAUUGCCCCCAACAAUCUGGGUCCUCGGAAGGAUGGAAGGCUGAGUCAAUGGCAAAGAUAAUACCGUGUUUCCUGGAAACCUGUCCCGGACAACGUGUGCCUUCCUUCAUGAGGCGGAGCCUACUUGAUUGACACUCUUGGAUAAAGGAAGGGUGCUGUUGGCAAAGGGACUUCUUCAUCACCGCUUUCCUGAGCCAGGGGUUAAGAGUCUUCUCCUUCGGUCAUGGCUGACCCCAUCAUGGACCUCUUUGACGAUCCUAACCUCUUUGGCCUGGACUCAUUGACCGAUGAGAGCUUUAACCAGGGUGCUCCGGACCCCAUUGAAGAGGCCCUGGGGCUUUCAGGGGCGAGCCUGGAGUCCUUAGCAGGGGGCUCCAAAGACCAGCAGGUUGCCCCUCAGCCGGAGCCCUCCCAACAAGAGACCCUGCCCCUGCCCAAUACGCAACCGGAGUCCGUGACUGAUCUGCCCCAGCAAGAUCAAGCAGGCCUCCUGCAAGCCCCUCCGGAUCAAGAGGUUCUCAGCCAGGGCAACCCGUUCAUGGGAGUCUCGUCAGCCACAAACGCCUCAACGGUUGCGCCCUCUUCCUCAGCCGGGGGGCAGCAAACCGCCGGGCCCCCUCCAGCCCCCAAAAUCGUCAUCCUGAAGGCCCCAGUGGGAAGCUCCAUGACCGGCGCUCAUGUGGCCCAGAUCCAAGCCCAGCCCAUUGGGGCAGCCAACGGGGGCAAAGUGACCUUCGCCAAGGUCCUGACGGGCACCCCCUUGCGGCCCGGGGUCUCCAUUGUCUCAGGCAACGCAGUGCUGGCCACCAAAGUGUCCCCUGGAGCCGGGGCCCCCGCUACACUCCACCGUCUGGUGCAGCCCGGACGUCCCGUCAAGCAGCUCGUCCUGCAGCCCGUGAAGAGCCAAGCAGGAGGGAACACGGGAGUUGCUCCGCUCAAGCCUGCCGUCACCCUGACCUCGACGCCAGCCCAGGUGAGCACGCAGUUCUUCCAGGGGGAAUCCAAACGCAUCACCUUGGUUCUCCAGCAACCCCCGACGGCUGGAAAUGCUCCGGGACAGCGGCAAGUGGUUUUGGGUAGUUUACCGGGCAAGAUUGUCCUUCAAGGCAAUCAGCUGGCCGCCCUGAGCCAGGCCAAAGGAAUGCCAGGACAGCCUGCCAAAGUGGUAACCAUCCAGCUGCAGGUCCAGCAGCCGGGCCAGCAACAGCAACCCAGCGGCCAGCCGGGGACUCAGAAGAUCCAGCUCUUGCAGCAAGCCCCGGUCAGCGCCUCCGGCCAGCAGGCCCCUUUAAGCGUGCCGGCAGUCCAGCAAGCACAGGUGGUCGGGGGCUCAGGUCAGAGGGUGACGGUCCCCGUCAAAGUGGUGCUGCAGCCACAGGCCAGCUCGUCCCAGGGCAGCUCCUCGGGACUCUCGGUGGUGAAGGUCCUGAGCAGCAGCGAGGUGGCGGCCCUCCCGUCCUCCAGCGGCACCACCCGGGGCGGCUCGGAUGAAUCCCGCAAGCUGGAGCAUCAGAAGAAGCAGGAGAAGGCCAACCGGAUCGUAGCGGAGGCCAUCGCCCGGGCCCGAGCCCGGGGCGAGCAGAACAUCCCCCGGGUGCUAAACGAAGAUGAACUGCCCAGCGUUCGCCCAGAGGAGACGGGCGAGCGCAAGCGGCGCCGGAAGGGCGGGGGCGAGCGCAUCCCCAAAGAGGACCGGCCGCGCAAGGGCCGGGGCCAGGGCGGAUCUGCCAAGAGCAAAGGCCGAGGGAAACCCAGCACGAUCACGCCAGUUGUUGGGAAGAAACGGAAACGGAACGCUUCUUCAGACAAUUCAGACGCCGAGCUAAUGCCAGCCCAGUCUCCGCGUGAAGAGGAGGAGACCAGCAUCCAGAAACGGCGUUCGAACCGUCAGGUGAAGCGGAAGAAAUAUACAGAAGAUCUGGACAUCAAGAUCACGGAUGACGAAGAAGAUGAGGAGCUGGAUGUGAUGGGGCCCAUCAAGACCGAACAGCCCCCAGCUCCGGAACCCCCUGCUCCAGAACCCAUCCCUGAGGGCGAGACAUUGCCUUCAAUGCAGUUCUUCGUGGAAAACCCGAGCGAGGAGGAUGCUGCCAUUGUAGACAAGGUCCUGUCCAUGCGGGUGGUGAAGAAGGAGCUACCCAAUGGGCAGUUCACAGAAGCAGAAGAAUUCUUUGUGAAGUACAAAAACUACUCUUACUUGCACUGUGAAUGGGCCACCAUUGCUCAGCUGGAGAAGGAUAAGAGGAUCCACCAGAAGCUCAAACGGUUUAAGACCAAAAUGGCUCAGAUGAGACACUUCUUUCAUGAGGAUGAGGAGCCUUUCAACCCAGACUACGUGGAGGUUGACCGCAUCCUGGAUGAAUCGCACAGCAUUGACAAGGACAAUGGGGAGCCCGUGAUCUAUUACCUGGUAAAGUGGUGUUCGCUCCCUUAUGAAGACAGCACAUGGGAGCUGAAAGAAGAUGUGGACGAAGGGAAGGUCCAAGAGUUCAAACGCAUCCAGUCCAGGCACCCUGAGCUCAAACGGGUGGCUCGACCCCAGGCGGGCUCCUGGAAAAAGCUGGAACUUUCGCACGAGUACAAGAACGGCAAUCAAUUGCGUGAAUAUCAGCUGGAGGGCGUAAACUGGUUACUUUUCAACUGGUACAAUAGGCAAAAUUGCAUUCUGGCCGACGAAAUGGGGUUGGGUAAAACCAUCCAAUCCAUCGCCUUCUUGGAGGAAGUUUACAACGUGGGGAUCCGGGGGCCCUUCCUGGUCAUUGCCCCUCUCUCCACCAUCACCAACUGGGAACGGGAAUUCAACACCUGGACCGAGAUGAACACGAUUGUGUACCACGGCAGCUUGGCAUCCCGCCAGAUGAUUCAACAAUAUGAGAUGUACUGCAAGGAUUCCCGGGGUCGCCUGAUCCCAGGCGCCUACAAGUUUGACGCCCUGAUCACCACUUUUGAGAUGAUUCUGUCGGACUGCCCAGAGCUGAGGGAGAUCGAGUGGCGCUGUGUUAUCAUUGAUGAAGCUCACCGCCUGAAGAACCGCAACUGCAAACUUCUGGACAGCCUCAAACAUAUGGACCUGGAACACAAAGUGUUAUUAACGGGCACCCCUCUCCAGAACACAGUGGAAGAACUAUUCAGUCUCCUGCACUUCCUUGAACCCUCCCAAUUCCCCUCGGAAUCGGAGUUCCUCAAGGACUUUGGGGACCUCAAAACUGAGGAGCAGGUGCAGAAACUGCAGGCAAUCCUGAAGCCCAUGAUGCUCCGGCGGCUGAAAGAGGAUGUCGAGAAGAAUUUGGCCCCCAAGCAAGAAACGAUCAUUGAGGUAGAGCUGACCAAUAUCCAGAAGAAGUACUACCGGGCCAUCCUAGAGAAGAACUUCAACUUCCUCUCCAAGGGGGCGGGGCACAGCAACAUGCCCAACCUUCUCAACACCAUGAUGGAGCUACGCAAGUGUUGCAACCACCCCUACCUCAUCAAUGGUGCCGAGGAGAAGAUCUUGACCGAGUUUCGGGAUUCCUGCCACCACCACGUGCCCCAUGACUUCCCCUUACAGGCCAUGGUGCGUUCCUCUGGGAAAUUGGUGCUGAUCGAUAAGCUGCUUCCCAAACUGAAAGCCGGAGGGCACAAGGUGCUGAUUUUUUCCCAGAUGGUCCGUUGUCUGGACAUCCUGGAAGACUACCUCAUCCAAAAGAGGUAUCUCUAUGAACGUAUUGAUGGGCGGGUGCGUGGCAAUCUGCGACAAGCCGCCAUCGACCGCUUUAGCAAGCCUGAUUCGGAUCGUUUUGUGUUCCUUCUCUGUACCCGGGCGGGAGGUCUGGGCAUCAACCUCACAGCUGCUGAUACCUGCAUAAUUUUCGAUUCGGACUGGAAUCCUCAAAAUGACUUGCAGGCACAAGCUCGCUGCCACCGCAUCGGGCAGAGCAAGGCCGUGAAAGUUUACCGUCUCAUCACGCGGAAUUCCUACGAGCGGGAGAUGUUUGACAAAGCCAGCCUCAAGCUGGGGCUGGACAAGGCUGUCCUGCAGUCCAUGAGCGGGCGAGAAGGGAGCAUCACCGGGAUUCAGCAGUUCUCGAAAAAAGAGAUUGAGGAUUUGCUACGCAAAGGGGCCUAUGCCGCCAUUAUGGAAGAGGAUGAUGAAGGGUCCAAGUUCUGCGAAGAAGAUAUUGACCAGAUCCUCCUUCGGCGCACCACCACCAUCACCAUUGAGAGUGAAGGAAAAGGGUCCACCUUUGCCAAGGCAAGCUUUGUGGCCUCUGAAAACAGGACAGACAUCGCUCUGGAUGACCCCAAUUUCUGGCAGAAAUGGGCCAAGAAGGCAGACUUAGACCUGGAUCUUCUGAAUAGUAAGAACAACCUGGUGAUCGACACGCCCCGCGUCCGCAAGCAAACUCGACACUUCAGCACCCUGAAGGACGAUGACUUGGUUGAGUUCUCUGACUUGGAGAGCGACGACGAUGACCGGCCGCGCUCCCGGCGCCACGACCGGCACCACCACCCCCUCCACCACUCGUACGGGCGCACCGACUGCUUCCAGGUGGAGAAACAACUGCUAGUCUAUGGCUGGGGCCGCUGGAGAGAGAUCCUCUCGCACGGACGUUUCAAGCGACGGAUGUCCGAGCGGGACGUGGAGACCAUCUGCCGCGCCAUCCUGGUGUAUUGCUUGAUGCAUUAUCGGGGCGAUGAGAACAUCAAAGGAUUCAUCUGGGAUCUCAUCAGCCCGGUUGAGAACGGCAAAGCCAAGGAGCUUCAGAAUCACUCGGCCCCUGCUCUGAGCUCCCUUCCUGUUCCUCGGGCAGGCCUGUCCAUCCCAGUUCCACGGGGCCGCAAGGGGAAGAAAGUCAAGUCCCAGACCACUUUUGAUCUCCAGAAAGCAGAAUGGAUCCACAAGUACAACCCGGACACACUCUUCCAAGACGAAGGCUACAAGAAACAUCUCAAGCACCAGUGCAACAAGGUGCUGCUCAGGGUCCGCAUGCUGUAUUACCUGCGUCAGGAGGUGAUUGGGGACCAGGCCGAGAAAGUUUUGGCAGGUGCUGUUUCCAGCGAAAUUGACAUCUGGUUUCCGCUCGUGGAUCAGGCAGAAGUCCCCACAGCCUGGUGGGAUACGGAAGCAGACAAAUCUUUGCUUCUUGGGGUCUUCAAACAUGGCUACGAGAAGUACAACACCAUGCGAGCCGACCCUGCGCUCUGUUUCCUGGAGAAAGCCGGCCGCCCGGAUGAUAAGGCCAUUGCUGCCGAGCACCGUCCGGAUGUGGGCGAGGGGGUGGAUUUUGACAAGGACUGCGAGGAUCCAGAAUACAAGCCUGUCGGAGCCCCUGCCAAGGAACACGACGAAGAGGGUGAAGCACUAAUGAUGAUGGAUGAAGACAUAUCGGUGGUGGAUGGGGAGGAAGGUCAGCCAGGGAAUCUCUUCUGGCCUCCAGCCUCUGCACUCACAGCCCGUUUGCGGCGACUAAUCACGGCCUUCCAGCGGAGCUACAAGCGUGAGCAACUGAAGAUGGAGGCCGCGGAGCGGGGGGAUCGGCGUCGCCGGCGUUGCGAGGCCGCCUUCAAGCUGAAGGAGAUGGUGCGUCGGGAGAAGCAGCAGAGGUGGACACGCCGUGAACAGUCGGAUUUCUAUCGCGUGGUUUCCACAUUUGGAGUGGAGUAUGAUCCAGACACGAUGCGGUUUCAUUGGAGUCGGUUUCGGAUCCUUGCCCGCUUGGACAAGAAGACUGAUGAGAGCCUAGCCAAGUAUUUUCACGGUUUUGUAGCCAUGUGUCGACAGGUUUGCCGUCUUCCUCCUGCUGCAAGUGAUGAGUCUCCAGACCCCACCCUGUUCAUCGAACCCAUCACGGAAGAGCGGGCCUCCCGCACCCUGUACCGCAUCGAUCUCCUGCGCCGUCUGCGGGAGCAAGUGCUGUGCCAUCCCCUCCUGGAGGAGCGCCUCGCCCUGUGCCAACCCCCUGGCCCUGAAAUGCCACUGUGGUGGCAGUGCGGGCGCCACGACGGAGAGCUGCUGCGGGGAGUGGCCCGCCAUGGUCUUAGCCAGACUGACACCACCAUCAUGCAAGACCCAGACUUUUCUUUCCUGGCGGCUCGCCUCAGCCACCUGCACAGUCGGGCCGGGGGCACAGGGACACCCCCUCUCCCGCCCCCGGUGCCAGCCCAGCCUGCAGGGCUACCCCUUCCGGGGGUCAGCACGGCGGCUGCUCCGUCCCCCCUGCUCCUCGCUCCACCUUUGAAUGAGCCACCUGCUCCGCAACAGCCCCUCGCCUUGCCCCCCAAACCUGAAUCGGCCGAGGACUCCGACUCCGAACUUGACCUCAGCAAGAUUUCUGCUUCAUCGUCGUGUUCGUCCUCCUCGGGCUGCUCUGAUGACAGUGAGGGUGAAGAGGCUUCUUGUGGCGGGAAGCUCUUUGAGGAGGAGGACUCCUCACUGCUGUCUCUGCCCACCUCCCACGAGGGGAACUCGCCGCAGCCUAGUGCCUCGGAUCUGCUGCUGCAGGAGCGCCAAAGGGCCCACGAGUGGCCAAAGGACCGUGUCCUCAUCAACCGCAUCGACUUGGUGUGCCAGGCUGUGCUGUCCGGAAAGUGGCCCUCCCCACAGCAGGGCCAGGUAGUGUCCUGUAUUGGCCAGGGAGAAGGCCUGCCCCACUUGCACGGAGAGUACACCACCUCCCCCAUCCCUCACAUCUGCCCUCUGGCAUCACAAGAGGAAGGCACAGCUUCCUUCACCCGCCUCCGACACGGUGGCCAAGAGAAGGAGUUUACCGUGCAGAUCAAAGAUGAAGAAGGAAUCAAACUGACUUUCCAAAAGCACAAGCUGGUCCCAAAUGGCACCGUUCGGGAUCGGCCUGCUCUCACCCAGAAGAAAAGUAGCAAAAAAAUGGUGGAGCUGGAACUGCAGUGUCUGGAAGCACUGAGGGGCCCAGAUAUUGACCUGGAGGCUCAUAUCCCAGUGGUGAACAAGACUGAUGGGACGCUGCUGGUGGGCGACGCGGCUCCCCGCCGGGCUGAUCUAGAAGUGUGGCUGCAGGCCCACCCUGAGUAUGCGGUAGAUCCUCGCUUCCUGGCUUACAUGGAAGAACGCCGGAAGCACAGAUGGCCCCGGUUCCCAAAACCUGUUCCGAUAGAGCCAAGUUGUCUGGUAGGGCUGGAGAGGAUGCAGGUAGCUGGUAUUUCUGCCAACGGUAAAAAGGGUUUUCUUCCAGAUCCGACGAUGAACCGUCUCCUUCCAGGAGCUGUGGGGGCCGCCGACAAUGCACAGAAACGCGGUCGCCAGACCCCGAUGGAGUUUUCCAACAUGAUGGCUCUGAUGGGGGCCGGCCGGGUCCAACUAGGAGCCACGGGACCCCUCUCUCUGCACCACGCACACUUCCAAGCCCCCUCGGCCCAUGGCUCUGCCUUGCAAUACAUGCCGUUCCCUGCCGCCGCGGCCACCGCCGCCACCUCCUCCGCCAGCCUUCUCCACCCGGGACUGGGCCACGCCGGCUACGCCGCCGCCCCUUUGCAUCUGGGCCAUCCUCAGCGCCUGGACGAGGACGAGGAGGAAGACGAGAUGGACGACUUGUCUCAGGGCUACGCCAGCUCGGAACGGGACUUUUCCUUGCUCGACGACGACCCCAUGAUGCCAGCCAACUCCGACUCCAGCGAGGAAGGGGAGGAGGAGGGAGAAGACUGAACUGACGUCGCGAGGGCAGAUGGACGGAUUCUGACAGGGGCCAGCUCCUCCCCGGAGGCUAGCCAUCCUCAUGACAUUGAAUUGGAAAGGCCAGAGACUCGGGGGGCCCAUUGGGGCCCCCUCGGCAGACAGGUUCCCUUCGUCCCACGUUGGCUGCUGGGAGGACAAAGCAGGGUCCUUCAAACCCAGCAAGGGUCGGAUGGGGGAAAUAACGACUUGCCUCCAAGGGUGCUCUUGCGGGGUUUAUUUUUUGGA